AUGUCAUCGACAUAUCAGAAUCUAGCAGGUAAAGCUUUUAUACCGUUUGGCUUUACAUCAACUAUGCAAGAUCUUAUCGAUGUCAUGUCCCGACCAUUAAAUCAGCCGAAAAAAUAUAAGCCAAUCACAGCCAGACUUACUACGUCUGAUCAACGUAAAAUCAAGAUAAAUCUUAACACAUGUCGACCAUUGUAUUCUUCACAUUAUAAUACAAAGAUAGCUAAAGAGAAAGCAGAACGCAAAGAAGCUCUAGAAGACUUAAUAAUUGUUUGGCUGGAUGAACACAUGAAUGAAACCGAAAAUCAAUUCUCAAAGAGAAAAAGUGAUUUACGUCAAAUAAUUGAUUGUUUGAUGGCAUUCAAUAAUGCUGAUCAAUGUUUUAAAUAUAUUCAAAAUAUCAAACAAGAAAAGAUAUUUUUAAUUGUAUCUGAAUCAUUCGGAAAGACUGUCAUGGAUGAUAUCAAUGGAUAUUCUCAAAUUAUAUUUGUAUAUAUUUUUGGUACGAAUACAAAUCAUUAUAAAAAAUUGAGUAAAGAUUAUAAAAAAAUUAUGGGUGCUUUUGCCAAUGAACAUGACUUGAUAACGCAAAUAACUAAAGAUGCUUCUUCUUUUUUCCACAAUAGUCUACCCAUUAGUGUUAUUAAUUCUAUCGGCAUCAGUGAAAAGUCUGUUCAAGAUUUGACAAAAAAUCAAGCUCAAUUUAUGUGGUCUCAAAUAUUAAUGAAAAUAUUACUUGACUUACCACAGACACUACAAUCACAGCAAGAAUUCAUUGAAGAAUGCCGUCGACAGUAUAAAGAUAAUUCUGCUCGACAAAAUCAAAUAACUGAAUUUGAAAAGACUUAUAUUUCUUCGAAUGCCCUUUCGUGGUAUACACGUGACAGCUUUUUAUAUCGUAUUGUUAACAAGGCGUUACGUACACAAAACAUCAUCUACAUAUUUAAAUGUAGAUUUUUUAUCAUUGAUGUUUUUCAACAACUGAACAAAUCGUAUUUGAAGUUUAGCGAACCACUAGAAAAGAAAACUUUAACAGUUUAUAGAGGACAACGAAUGAUGGCUGAUGAAUUUGCUAAACUACAACAAAACAUCAAUGGAUUUAUUUCUAUUAAUACGUUCUUUUCCACAAGUAUUUCUUCAGAUGCGGUUUUUUCAUUUAUUGCUGAUGGAGAUGAUCGUCCGCUUUAUGAAUAUAUCUUUUUUGAAAUUGAACUUUACUUGGAUAAAAUGACGACACCACUCGCCAACAUUUCGACAAUCAGUAAUUGCCAGUCAGAAAAUGAAGUACUUCUUUGUAUGGGAACUGUUUUUAGAAUUGAAUUCAUCGAUAAACUUACUGAUGUAAUAUGGCAUAUCAAAUUGGUUUCCAUCGAUAAAAAUGAUAAUUCAAAGUUGGAUAACCUGGUCAGCUAUUUAAAGAAAGAAACUGGCGAAACUCUAAAUUGUCUAGCCAUGGGAAGAAUUUUACAGUAUAUGGGAGAAUAUGACAAAGCUCAGAAUUUCUAUGAAAUACUAUUGACUGAGCUACCAUUAAAUCAUCCAGAUAUGGCUGGAAUCUAUAAUGAUUUUGGAAUGGCUCUUUUCAAAACACAGAAAAAUUCCAAGAUCGCAUUGAACUAUCUAAUACAAUCAAUGACAAUGCAAUUAAAAACAUUUCCACAGCGGUUUCUGUUCUUUACUCAAACGUUGAUUAAUAUUGCUUCAGUCUAUAGCCAACGGCGAAGUUUUAAGCGAGCGCUAGGUUUACUUCAACUUACUCUACAAGUAUUAGAGUUAGAUUGUUCAACAAAUAAUUCACAAGCAAUACCUUUACAACGAUCAGAUAUCUAUAACAAUAUUGGUUUUAUAUAUUCGCGUACUGGACGAUUGUCUUUAGCAAUAAAAUAUUUUAAAAUGUCGUUGAAAAUCAUAAGAAAAAUAGUGCCUACCAAUCAUCCUAAUAUUGCAUUAUCAUUGAACAAUAUUGGAAUGGCUUAUUUGGAAAAUUUCGAUUCUUCAAAAGCUAAUAAAUACCUUCAAGAAGCCAUGAUGAUUGUAGAGGGGUGUUUACCCUUUGAACACCAUCCAGAUAUCGCACGACAAUAUAAUAAUAUAGGACUUCUUGAAUAUAAUCGAGAUAAUCUUGAUAGAGCAUUAGUUUUUUAUGAAAAGGCACUAAAGAUUCAAUUGAAAUGCUUGUCUCCUAUUCAUCGACAAACAGCUGCACUGUACAAUAAUAUGGGGCACGUCUAUUUCGAAAAAUUGGAAUAUGAAAUGGCACUCAGAAUGUUCACAAAGGCUUUACAAAUUGAAAAACAAUGUUCACCCCUGCAUUAUCAUAAGAUAACUCAUGCUCAUCAAAAUAUUGGCAAGACUUAUCGUUCUUUAGAAGACUAUAAGAAUGCACUAAUCCAUUGUACGGAAGCCCUAUCAAUCUGUCUGAAACAUUUACCAUCAACACAUUUCUAUGUAGCACAAGCUUAUCGAGCUCUUGGAGAUGUUUUUUAUGAUCUUGAAAAUUAUCCAAUAGCAUUGGAAAAUUUUCAAAAGGCUCUCAAUAUCUAUUUAAAAAAUCCACCCAUGGAUAAGACGUACCUUGGUAUGCUAUACAAAGCUAUUGGCAUGGUAUUUUAUUAUACAAAAGAGUACGACAAUGCUUUGAAACAUUUAAACAAAGCGCUCGUAACACUUCGGAUUUGCGACCAGAAUCGAUUUGAAGAAUCCAUCAACGAUGUACUAGAACUCAUUAAGCAUAUAUCAACUGUGCAAUAG